AUGUGAGAUACAUAUCCCAGUUCACCGUCUGUGAGCGUCUCAACUCUCAAGAUCUUUUGGGCCAUCUUUUGCUAAAUUGCUUCGCCGAAUUUCUUAAUUUAUUAUAUAGGUUCCCUUCCCUCGCUGAUCUACCUUUUUCCGUCUGCCUAUCCUCUAGCUGAGAAUUGUCUCUCGGUUUGAUCUACUCGGUUUCGUGCCAUAUAAUCCUGUAAUUCAUGCUCUGUUUUUCCUUCACCUGCGAUUUUUUGACUCGAUAUCGUUAACAUGUCGGGUCCGCUCGAUCGCUUCGCAAGGCCUUGCUUUGAGGGGUCCUCUGGUCACGACGAAAGAAAAGAACGGAAAUCAGACUUCGAGAACUCCGAGGACGACAAGCGGACGAGAAUUGCGAGUCUAAAGAAGAAAGCAAUCAGUGCUUCUAGCAAAUUCAGACACUCUCUUAAGAAGAAGAGCCGGAAGAAGAGUUCUAGCCGCAGUAAUUCUGUUUCGAUUGAGGAUGUGCGGGAUGUUGAGGAGCUGCAGAUCGUAGACGCUUUUCGACUGGCACUUAUCUUGGAGGAAUUGCUUCCUCCGAAACACGAUGAUUACCACAUGUUGUUGAGAUUCUUGAAAGCUAGGAAGUUUGAUAUUGAGAAAGCAAAGAACAUGUGGACUAACAUGAUUCAAUGGAGGAAAGACUUUGGUACAGACACAAUUUUGGAGGAAUUUGAGUUUUUUGAGUUGAAUGAAGUUUUACAACACUAUCCUCAGGGUUACCACGGUGUAGAUAGGGAGGGAAGGCCUAUAUACAUUGAGAGACUGGGAAAAAUUGAUCCCAACAGACUUAUGCAAGCAACAACUUUGGAUCGAUAUGUGAGAUACCAUGUACAGGGGUUUGAACAGAAUUUUGCAAUUAAAUUUCCCGCUUGUUCAAUUGCUGCAAAAAGACACAUAGAUUCGAGCACAACAAUUCUAGAUGUUCAAGGAGUGGGUUUUAAAAACCUAACCAAGUCUGCACGAGAACUCAUCACACGGCUGCAGAAGAUUGAUAAUGACAACUAUCCUGAAACACUUUUCCAAAUGUUCAUAAUUAAUGCUGGCCCUGGUUUCAAGCUGCUCUGGAACACGGUGAAAACUUUUCUUGAUCCCAGAACAACUACAAAGAUUCAUGUUCUUGGGAACAAGUACCAAAGCAAAUUACUUGAAAUAAUUGAUGCAAGUGAGUUGCCAGAAUUUCUGGGCGGUAGCUGUACAUGUGCUGAUAAGGGAGGUUGUAUGCGGUCAGAAAAAGGGCCGUGGAAUGAUCCAAACAUAUUAAAGAUGGUUCUCAGUGGUGAAGCACAAUGUUCUAGACAAAUAGUAACUGUUUCAAACAGUGACGGGAAGAUAGUAGAAUGUGACAAGCCACAUUAUAACAUGAUAAGAAGUAGUGACACAUCUACUGCAGAGUCAGGAUCUGAAGUGGAAGAAAUUGCUUCUCCUAAAGAAACUAGGAGCUAUUCACAACCAAGCUUGACUCCUGUCUGUGAAGAAGCUAGGACUGCUGGUAAGGGGAGCAGUGGUGGUGGUGUCUUGGAGUAUGAUGAAUACAUUCCCAUGAUUGACAAGCCUGUGGAUCUCGAAUGGAAGAAACAAAUAUCACUUCAAGAGCCACGUGCUUCUGAAGGGACAAGUUCUCUGCCAAGAACGGAAAAAGCUUCAGAAGGAAUUUUCAGUCGACUCUGGGCUACACUGGUGGCCUUCUUCAUUACCCUGAUUACCCUAUUACGUUCAGUGGCAUUCCAGGUGAAUAAGAAACUUGCUGUGACUGCACCUGAUUCUAUCUGCGACAUUCCUGACCUGAUGGCUGAAUCACCCAAGGAGGAGUUCCGACCACCGUCCCCUGCUCCACGUUUGACAGAUGCUGACCUGCUGUCUUCUGCUUUGAAAAGACUGGGUGAGCUUGAGGAGAAAGUAGACAUGCUGCAGGCAAAGCCCUUUGAGAUGCCUUACGAGAAAGAGGAGUUGCUGAAUGCUGCUGUUUGUCGUGUUGAUGGAUUGGAAGCAGAGCUCAUUGCAACAAAAAAGGCUCUGCAUGAAGCUUUAAUGAGGCAGGAAGAACUUCUAGCGUACAUAGACAGACAGGAAGAAGCCAAGUUAAGAAAGAAGUCUUGCUGGUGAAAGAGAGACGGUACGUUGGCUCUACUUCAUUAAUAUAUGCUUGUAUAUUCGAACGAUUAUUUUCCAGAGUUUUUUUGUCGCGUGAAUAAAUAUAUUCUGUAAUUGCUCGGGGGGGAAAAAAAAACAAAAAAACACUCCGUAAUUAAACAAAGCUAUAAAAUGUAUUCCCCACUUAUCAUUAA